CCCUCGCAUGUCCUCCGAGCUUGAGAGGUAUAUCAGCGACAACUCUCUCCAGUUGUUCGGCCUCUCAGAUCGUAGUAUCAUCGACUAUGUGUUGGCUGCAGCUUCUUCCGCCAAGUCUCCUGAAGCUCUGCUGUCCUCUCUUAGCGCCGCUGGAUUGCCAGAUACACCAGACGCUCACGCUUUUAUCAAUGAACUGUACCAGCGAGCACCGCGCAAACAUAAGCAUAAGCGCUCGGCAGCGGACAGUGCUCGCAGACAGGCCGAGAAAGACAACAAGGUCAUUAGCUCGCAGAAAUUUGGAUUCUUGCUCGAGGACGAUGGUGGUUCCAAUGAUGUCGUGCCGCUGAAGAAGGAGAAAAAGGACCGGUCUUCUGGGAAGGACAGGAAGGACAGGCAUACGCGCAAACGGGAGCAUGAUGACAAGGAGUGGGAGAGCGAUGAAGAUGAGAAGGCGCGGAAACGCAUGCGAACGGAUGAGGACGAGAGUCGGGCUUACGAGCAGGAAGAGGAUGUGGAUUUGGGGGAGGACGAGGUGACACGCAAGGAGCGUGAACGAAUGGAAGAUCUCCGAGACCGCGAUGCGUUCGCAGAGCGUGUACGAGACAGAGAUCGUGAAAAGACGAAGAAGGUGGUCGAGGAUCGUUCAUCGAAGGACAAGGGUGCUGCGGCCGAGGCAGCACAGCGACGUGCUCUCGCAGAUGACACCGAAGCACGUAUCCUGGCCAUGCCCUCUCUCCGGCAGCACUCUCGGCAAGAGUAUCUAACGAAGCGAGAAAUUCAGCAAAUCGAAUUGCUUCGGAAGGAGAUUGCGGACGACGAAGCCCUUUUCAGUGGCAUGAAAAUUUCGAAGCGGGAGAGGAGGGAGCUGGAUCACAAGAAGGAGCUUCUCAAGUUGGUCGAAGAAAAACUCCGAAUCAACGACAAGUGGGAGGGGUAUCAACUUCCUGAAGACUAUCUCACAGAACAGGGAAAGAUCGACAAGAAGAAGAAGGAAAGUGCUUUGUAUCAGCGUUACGAAGACGCAAAGCCAAAGGACGAUCAAUUCGUGACGGAUGUAGACCAGUGGGAGGCCAGUCAAACACAACAUAGCACCUUCAAGUCCGGGGCAAUGGACAAAGUUGAGAUCCAGGACACGUACGAUUACGUUUUCGACGAAAGUCAGACGAUUAAAUUCGUCAUGGACUCUGCUCUGCCCGGUAACAAGCGUAUGACUGCUGCAGAGAAGCUGUUACAAGAUCAGAUCGAUGCUGCCGACAAACGAGCCAAAACAAUUGAGGAGACACGUAAAAAUCUACCAGUCUACCAGUACAAGGAGGAACUCAUCCAGGCUGUUCGGGACAACCAGGUUCUGAUUGUUGUCGCCGAGACUGGGUCUGGCAAAACAACACAAUUGCCGCAGUACCUGCACGAAGCUGGAUUCACGGCCAAUGGCCAGAAGAUUGGUUGCACCCAGCCUCGGCGUGUUGCGGCCAUGUCUGUGGCUGCUCGAGUGGCUGAAGAGAUGGGCACCAAGGUCGGCUACGAAGUCGGAUAUUCGAUUCGAUUCGAGGACUGUACGAGCGAUAAAACGGUCCUCAAGUAUAUGACCGACGGAAUGUUACUACGAGAGUUUCUCACGGAGCCAGAUCUUGCCGGUUACUCAGCACUUGUCAUCGACGAAGCUCACGAAAGAACUCUCAGCACGGAUAUCUUGUUCGCCCUUGUCAAGGACAUCGCUCGAUUUCGACCUGAGCUGCGGUUGUUGAUCUCAAGUGCGACACUUGACGCGGAGAAGUUCAGCGAAUACUUCGAUAAUGCUCCGACUUUCUACAUUCCUGGUCGACAAUUCCCGGUCGACAUCCACUACACUCCCCAACCUGAAGCCAACUAUCUCCACGCUGCAAUCACAACUGUAUUUCAAAUUCAUACGACUCAACCCAAAGGGGAUAUCCUCGUCUUCUUGACCGGGCAAGAGGAGAUCGAAGCAUGCCACGAGAAUUUAGAAGAAACGUGUCGAGCACUGGGGAACAAAAUCCCGGAACUGAUCAUAUGUCCCAUUUACGCCAAUCUUCCCAGCGAGAUGCAGGCUAAAAUCUUUGAGCCCACUCCAGAGGGAGCAAGGAAAGUCGUCUUGGCCACUAACAUUGCCGAGACUUCGAUCACGAUUGACGGAGUUGUGUUCGUUAUCGAUCCCGGAUUCGUCAAACAGAAUUCUUAUAAUCCAAGGACGGGCAUGUCGUCACUUGUGGUGGUGCCAUGCUCGCGUGCCUCUGCCAAUCAGCGAGCGGGGAGGGCUGGUCGGGUUGGACCGGGCAAGGCUUUCCGCUUAUUCACGAAAUGGGCUUUCAAGAACGAGCUGGAAGAGAAUACAGUUCCUGAGAUCCAGCGAACAAACCUGGGCAUGACCGUUCUCAUGCUCAAGUCGCUCGGAAUCAACGACUUGAUUGGCUUCGAGUUUCUGGAUCCGCCACCUGGCGAAACACUCAUGAGAGCUUUGGAGCUGUUGUAUGCCCUAGGUGCAUUGAAUGAUCGGGGAGAACUUACCAAACUCGGCCGGAGAAUGGCCGAAUUUCCCGUUGAUCCGAUGCUAUCCAAAGCUAUCAUCGCGAGCGAGCAAUACGUCUGCACCGAUGAAGUCCUCACAAUCAUCUCGAUGCUUUCCGAAUCCGGAUCUCUGUUCUACAGACCGAAAGACAAGAAACUUCACGCCGACCAGGCCAGACAGAACUUUGUCCGACCAGGCGGUGACCACUUCACGCUUCUCAACGUCUGGGAGCAGUGGGCAGAGACCAACUAUUCUCAGCAAUUCUGCUAUGAACAGUUCCUGCAGUUCAAGAGUCUGAGCCGUGCCCGUGAUAUCCGGGAUCAGCUUGCCGGUCUCUGUGAGCGAGUAGAAGUCGUCGUCCAGUCCAAUCCGAACUCGAACGACAUCACGCCCGUCCAGAAAGCACUGACGGCAGGCUAUUUCUAUAACACGGUGCGAUCGCUCGCCUAUUGUGUGACUUCAAAAGCUCAUCUCAUUCCAGGCUCAGUUGCAAAAGAGCGGUGACUCGUAUCGGACUCUCAAGACGAAUCACACUGUCUACAUCCACCCGUCGUCGAGCUUGUUCCAAUUCCAGCCCCCGGUGAAGACGAUGCUGUACUACGAACUCGUGAUGACAUCAAAGUCUUACAUGAGACAAGUUAUGGAGAUCAAGCCAGCAUGGUUGAUGGAAGUUGCCCCUCAUUACUUCAAACCUGCGGACUUGGAACAGCUAGCUUCCGGGGACAAGAAGAUGCCCAAGGCCAUUGGCGCGUCUAGCCAGAGUCGGUCUUAGCGUAAAUAUGUACAAUAUACUGUACCAUGUGGAUUCUUGUUUGGCUGCGCUUACUAAACCUCGUUACUUGCUGAAUUGCUC